UUAAACGCUAUGAACAAGUGAGAGCCUCACAGACACACACAUCUCACGAAGAUCUCUGGGCUGCUUAAACUAAGACGGCAGCACCACAAGUUUUGAAUCCAACAGCUUUGAGGUGAAAGUACAAACGGAGAGAACACGCAGGCGACACACACGACAUGUGCAGUAAUGGCGCUGACCGCCGAGUGGCCCGGUCAGUACAAGCCUAGCAAACAAGAGAGAACGCGAUUUUUCGACACACAGACCUCAUCUUCCCACACGUCCUUGAAAAAAGAGCCUCAGACGAUUGUCGUCUUGUCAUGAAGAGGAAGGACUCCACGUAGGCGUCCCGGUGCGGCGUUGUCAAAUUUAGUGCAGUCCCAGUGCGCGUGCCCAGCCGCUCCUCCUCAGCAGAGGGUGAAAGAAAAUCAAGAUGAAGGGGACCCCCAGUCAGAGCGGUCCCUUGCUGGCCACUCUCCCCAUUGCAGGACGCCCCCUGCAGCCUCAACUGGACCUCAAGCACUUCCUGCCCUUCCGACUCAAUGGCUCUUCCCCGAUGAGUCUCUUCCCAAACUUCAACACGAUGGACCCUGUGCAGAAGGCCGUCAUCAAUCACACUUUCGGGAUCCCGCCACCUCUGAAGAAGAAGCAGAUCAUCUCGUGUAACAUCUGCCACCUGCGCUUCAACUCCACGAACCAAGCGGAGGCGCACUACAAGGGUCACAAACACGCUCGCAAACUCAAAGCCAUGGAGGCGCAGAAGAACAAGCAGAGAAAUCCAAACGCAGGCACCUCCGCAGGUCGGGGGCGAGACCGGGAGCGGGAAUCGGAGAAGGGGCGCAGGAGAGACCCCCCGCCCGCCUUAAUGGAGACGAGUUCACAAGAGGAGGAAGAGGAGGAGAAGCUGACUUCUCAGAGUGCUCCAGGAGAAGGAAAACAUGAGGAUCGUGAGAGCAGCAUGCCGGACCUCUCUCCAGGCCCGGACCUCCCCUCAUUGGAGUUGACCGUCAGCUCAUCUCCUCUCAUUUCUCCAAACUCUCAGCUGUCAGAAACCGUCUCCGAGGGCAGCGCCAUGUCUCGUUUGGACCCAGGCUGUGAGAUGGUCCCCACAGAUGCCAGGCGAGGGACUGUACCAUCUGGAAAGGGUGACAAUGACAGGAGCAAGAAGAGCAAGCAGCACCUGCACUGCCCCGUCUGUAAAGUGACGGUCAACUCGGUGUCGCAGCUGGAGGCCCAUAACAGCGGAGCCAAACACAAAUCCGUGCUGGAAGGACAGACCAGCCAGCCCAGGAGGAGGAGUAAAGUCCCCUCAUCACGGUCACUCUGCAAGACCAAGCGGAUAGGAAAUAAGGGCAGCCUGGGAGUACAGAGCAAGGCCUUCCACUGUGAGGUGUGCGCGAUCUACGUCAACUCAGACACCCAGCUUAAGCAGCACAUGAACAGCAGAAGGCACAAGGACAGACUCGCUGGCAAACCUCCGAAGCCCAAGUACAGCCCGUACAACAAGAGCCAGCAGAGCACCAUCCUCACCAACGUAAGAUGGAGCAGCUAUGCCGGAAGUGCGAUGACCGCCAUGAAGAAGGUGUUCAGCCGCUGCAAUCUGACCUCAUUAUCUUCUCAGACCAAACUGGCCCUGCAGAAGCAGCUCACCAAGACCCUGACGCCAGGAUUCCUGCCAAGCCCUCUGAGCCCGGCCGCACUGUGCACCAUGGCCGCCAGCCCCCUGACUCUGCGCCACCCAGCGGGCACCACCACCACCCUCAUCCAGACCCCAUUCCUGGGACCAGCCUUGUUCCGGCCGGCGCCUGGCCCCCUGCGGGCAGCACACACCCCGAUCCUGUUUGCCCCUUACUAAGGCAGCUCAUGCGGCCCACUCAGGGCAGGGUCACUGUGAUCACGGACUGGGAAAGGCAGGGGUGGAGGGGGAGGUGGCGGCCAUUUCAUUACAAAGAACUAUGCAGUCCUCGUGCCACGCCGUCUGGGAGUGCGCCACCCCCCCCCCCAGUGUGUAUAUAGUCGGCCGUACGUCUAGGCAUACCAUAGGCACACAUAGAGCGCUAGGCAGCGGGGUGGAAAUCCCAAGGCCCCCACCUGGGGGGCACAAAAGCCAUAUUGAUAUUUACAGUUUUCUGUUUUCUGUACAAAGAGAUUCUGCGACUAUUUUCCUGACUCGUGUCUGCAUGUUAUGUUAUCUUCUUUUUUUUUUUUUUGUUUGUUGCGCUUCACGGCUUUAAAGAGGUUUUUAUACAAACAGAGGAAGGCUGCAUUUAGACAUUCAGCCCCCGGGGCCACUCAGCAGCCC